AUGCGUUACGCACAGCUAGUAAUGGGCCCUGCAGGAUGUGGAAAGUCAACAUAUUGUGCUACAAUGCAGAGACACGCCAUGGAUUCCAAGAGAGUGAUAAAUAUUGUGAAUCUGGAUCCUGCCGCAGAAGUCUUUGACUACCAACCACUUGUGGACAUCAGAGAUCUCAUCAAUGUUGAAGACACGAUGGAGGAUGAAGAGCUACAUUUUGGCCCAAAUGGUGGUCUUGUCUUUUGCUUGGAGUACCUCGUAAAGAAUUCAGAUUGGCUCAAGGAACAGCUCUGUGGAGGUUCAGAUGAGGAUUUGGAAGGUGAACCAGACGAUGAUUACCUUAUAUUCGACAUGCCUGGUCAAAUAGAGUUGUACACACACCUCUCUGUGGGCAGGGAUCUCGUACAGCUCCUGCAAUCUUGGAAUUUUCAAGUAUGCAGUGUCUUUCUGCUUGACUCACAAUUCUUGAUCGACGGCGCUAAAUUCAUCUCCGGUACGAUGGCAGCUCUCAGUGUGAUGGUUAAUAUUGAACUACCACAUGUGAAUAUUCUCAGUAAAAUGGAUCUUCUCAGUAAGAGUGCCAGGAAGCAGUUGGACAAGUACUUGGAACCAGAUCCAAUGGCUCUACUCAGCGAAGUUAAUACCGAAUCUGCAUGGGGCCGUAAACACCAGAAACUUUCAGAAGCCAUCGGAAGUCUCAUUGACUCAUUCAGUCUCGUCCGCUUCCUUUCACUGGAUAUUAACGAUGAGGAGAGUAUUAAUGAGGUUUUACUAAUUGUGGACAAUAUUAUACAGUAUGGAGAGGAUUUUGAUGUAAAAGUGCAGGACUUUGAACAAGCUGAUCCGGAUGAUGAAGAAAUUUAGUUUUACAUUUUUGUCUCAAAUUUAUAAUUUCCUGAAGUUUCGAAUAAAUAAUAUUUUGAAUCACA